CGUGGCAGUCACUCUGUCACUACCAUCUUCCAGCGUGCCGAAACUGGUCAUCUGUAUAUCCAUGCACGGAGUUCACCUGGCAAGCAGCGACCGACACUUUUCACUCCACUGUUAGCACCAUGGACGGAGGCGACUUUGCUUCGGGGGACGAGGAGCCUCUGGAGUUUUCUAUCAUUCCUGUGGAUUUGGCCGUUCUGUCGGCAUCAGUGCAACUUUCGCCGCUGCGGGAAGACCGGCCGGACUGUUUCACGGCUUCUCAGAUCCUUGAGGUCCUGGUAGGACAUCGCCAUUACGCCGUACGCCCGGUUUGGGACCCGUCCUUUGAGGAAAACCGUGCGGAGAGCCGCUUUCACUGGGAAAGGAAAACGGGCCCCGGUAAUUAUUGUAUCAAAGACCUCCCGUUUCUCAGCGGCCUUGUGCGACAAACUUUAGUACAGACCGACCAAGACCAGCCGAAUAUCUUUCAGGCUCGCUGGGGAUCUAUUCGCUUACGUGCCAGACAACAAGCUUUUUUCGAGAGUCGCGUCGAAAGUCUGUCUGAGCUCCUUGCUGAAGAACCUCUGCAGUCACCUUCUGUCGAGCUUCUGUCGAUCGACGACGUAGAUCGUUUCAGAACAGUCGGGCAAUUUACUGUCACAAUCAACACUCGGAUCUAUCUUUCGCUUCAAGGUUGGACGGAUGAACAGAUCCGUGACGCCGAAUUUGUGAGACGGCAUAUAAGCACGAUCUUCUCCAAGUCUACGGAACAUGUGGAGCGCUAUGGUUCCCCUCUCAUGGUCGAAAUCGGGGUGGUGUUGACUGGCCUCGUUCGGCGGUUGUUUGAUUUGCGAAGUGGGACGGAACUCCAGGAUGCGAUCAUGCUACUCUCGGCGAAUCAUCGUGAUGACAAGGAACUUUGCAGUAUACGUUUGGGAAGGCUCCCCAAGGCUCCAAACGGCUAUUGGCAUUCGGACGCUAGCUUGAUAUUGGAUGCACUCAAGUCCGUCAAUGUUCUGUUCGGGCGGGCGCCGAUGGAACGCAUGCCAUCAUCAGCCGAAAUUCAUGCUGCUGGCGGAGGCAUCCUGCAAGCCAUUACCCAUCAUUUUCCGUCGAGACUUGCCGCGGCCGCAGCCUUCGGGUUCCCGACCGAGCAUAUGGCUCGUGUGAGACUUUGGUGGGACAAUCUCGCCGCCCUAUCCGAAGAAGUCAACAAGUUCGCGCAAGAACUUGUCGCCCGCGGUGAACCAGACCCCGGGAAACUCCCGAGCACCAAAUGUUUUCAGGCUGCGGGUCGGGGCGAUCUCAGGCACGCCCUCGAGUUCGCGAGGAAACGGUGGGGCGACAAAGUUUUAGAGGAAAAACUCGGCCUCGUAUCGACCAGAAUACCCGAGCAAAGUUAUGAGUACGUCUUGCGAUGUAUCAACGAAUAUAUGGCGCAGUGCUGCCCUGGUGAACCCCCGCGCAUGCCAAGAGGGGCCGAGUUGGUGAAAGCAGGCUAUGUUGCCCUGGCGAACCAAAUACAAAGCAACUUCGCCCACGAUGGUAUCGGCAAAGAUUGUAGCGCAUAUGCAGCCGCUGCUCAGUUUUACGGUCUUCCAUACACGCUUUUGCGUCGGCCGCCAAAAUGUCAGUGGGGCGUUCAGUUCGGUUGACUGCUGUCAUCAGUAAUUGACCAUAUAACAGAUUGGUUGGAUCUUUCCAACGUUCGGCAAGAACUGAAUCUCAUCAUCGCCAAGCUCUUGUUGGAUCCCAAUGUCAUGCCACAGCCAGAUAUCGUCAAUGUCGAAAACCACGACUUGAACAAAGCAAUCAGGAGCUAUCACGGCGGUUUCACAGAAUGUGCCAUCGCUUUGGGCAUGCACCCACCCGAAGCGACACAGAGAAUGAAAUUAAGCAGAAGAAUCGAGCAAGCUCAACAACAAGCUUCGGUACAUGAUACCCAUGGUUUCCCUGAAGCUAAAUUUGGUGCUAUCGGAGGUAAAGGGAAGAAGGCAGCGAGUGGUCUGAAAGCGGAUCUCGGAGGCGCAAAAGCAGCCAAAGGGA